GCGUUGCAUGCACCGUCCCCGGACGGGCUUCCCGCUUCCCCCACGCGCGAUGGCCCCAGCGGCGCCGCGCCGUCUCCGGCCGAAAACCCCUCCCAAGCCAAAACCCCCACGGCCACGAGAGCAGAGCAGAGCAUCGGCGCCAAUCGCCAGGCCCAGAAUACCCGACGAUUCCACAAGCGACAAUGCAACCAGUCAUGCGGCUCCUCUGCCUGGUCGCGCUGCUCGCCCUCGGGCUCCUCCUCCCGCACCGCCAGUGCCACGGCCUGCUCGUCCCGCUCACCAACACCCUCUCCUCGCUCCGCAGCGGCAACGGCACCACGCCCGUCCCCGUCCACCACCUCCUCCGCUCCUCCUCCCUCCGCUCGGCCGCGCGCCACCGCCGACACCGCGCGCGGAGAGGCCUGCGACCGCCCCAGCCCCCCGCGCACCGCCAGCUCUCGCUCCCGCUCUCCCCGGGCAGCGACUACACGCUCUCCCUGUCCGUGGGCCCGGCGUCCGCCGCGGCGCCGGUGCCGCUCUUCCUCGACACGGGCAGCGACCUCGUCUGGUUCCCCUGCGCGCCCUUCACCUGCAUGCUCUGCGAGGGCAAGCCCACGCCGGGCGGCUCCGCGCCUCUGCUGCCGCCGCCGGACUCGCGGCGCGUCCCCUGCGCGUCGCCGCUCUGCUCGGUGGCGCACGCCUCGGCGCCGCCCUCCGACCUCUGCGCCGCGGCGGGGUGCCCGCUGGAGGACAUCGAGACGGGCUCGUGCGGCGCGGCCUCCCACCCGUGCCCGCCGCUCUACUACGCGUACGGGGACGGCAGCCUUGUGGCCCACCUCCGGCGCGGCCGCGUCGGGCUGGCCGCGUCCGUGGCCGUGGAGAACUUCACCUUCGCUUGCGCGCACAUGGCCCUGGGCGAGCCCAUCGGGGUGGCCGGGUUCGGGCGCGGCCCGCUCUCGCUGCCGGCGCAGCUCUCCCCGUCGCUCUCCGGCAGGUUCUCCUACUGCCUCGUGUCUCACUCCUUCCGCGCCGACCGGCUCAUCCGCCCGAGCCCCCUCAUCCUGGGCCGCAGCCCGGACGACGCCGCUGGCCUCGGCGCCACCGCCGGGGCCGGCGGCUUCGUGUACACGCCGCUGCUGCACAACCCGAGGCACCCGUACUUCUACUCCGUGGCGCUGGAGGCGGUCUCGGUGGGCGCGAUGAGGAUCCCGGCCCGCCCGGAGCUCGGGCACGUGGACCGCGCCGGGAACGGCGGCAUGGUGGUGGACUCGGGCACGACGUUCACGAUGCUGCCCAGCGAGACGUACGCCCGGGUGGCCGAGGCGUUCGCCCGCUCGAUGGCCGCGGCGGGGUUCGCGCGCGCCGGGCGCGCCGAGGCGCAGACGGGGCUGAGACCGUGCUACCGCUACGCCGCCACGGACCACGGCGUGCCGCCGCUGGCGCUCCACUUCCGUGGCAACGCGACGGUGGCGCUACCCCGGCGGAACUACUUCAUGGGGUUCAGGAGCGAGGGGGGUGGCGGCGGCGGUGGCGUGGGGUGCCUGAUGCUGAUGGACGGCGGGGACGCAUCCUCCGGGGACGGCGACGGGCCCGCCGGCACGCUGGGCAACUUCCAGCAGCAGGGGUUCGAGGUGGUGUACGACGUGGACGCCGGCCGCGUCGGGUUCGCGCGGCGCCGGUGCACGGACCUCUGGGACUCGCUGUCGCGCCGGUGAUACACCCCAGUUCAUCAGUGUCCGCGCGUUAUUUCUGUAUGAUCACUUAGCUUAGCAUUUCCCCUCUUGUACAGAGCAGCUGCCGCCACUUGUGUUUAGUGCGCUGUGUGUGUAGGAUCACGCACCAUCACCUCUGUUGUUUGCUGUGUGUGUUUAUUCUCCUUUCUCAUGUUGUUCUUGUUGGUAAAUGGAAUCUUCAGUGCCCAGCAUUGUCCAUAA